CUCCCACCGGUGAGAGACUUCAGACUCUCCCACUCUCUUCUCCCCCCUAAUUAUCUCUCUCUCCCUACCACGUCGUCUUCUCUUCUCUAUCUUCUCCGCCUCCGGGAAGAAGGACAAGAGGAGUAGGAGCUCCAGUUGCAUGGACAAGGGCCACCUCGGUGGUGGCGGAGGAGGAGGAGGUGGGCUGCUCGCUCUGGACGCGUCGCCGCGCCCGCUCGGCUUCUUGAACCUGCUCUCCCCGCCGCCGUUCCACAGGUCGACCAUGGAGGCCGACGACAGCGGCGGUGGCGGCGGCAGGGCACGCAGGUCCGUCGAGGUGGACUUCUUCUCCGACGAGAAGAAGAACAUGAAGAAGAGCCGUGUCUCGGGCGGCGUCGCCGCCGAGGCGGACGACGCCAAGGGACCCGCCGCCGCCGGCCUCGCCAUCAAGAAGGAGGACCUCACCAUUAACGUUAGCCGCCGCCGCCUUCUUCGCUCGUCGAUCGCCAGACACCUGUUUAACUCACGGCGAUCUAACGCGUGUGCUCGUCCGUGUUCGUUGCAGCUUCUUCCCGCCGGGAACAACGCGAGGAGCGACCGGUCGAUGGUGGUCGACGACGACGCGGCGUCGCGGCCGGAUCACGAGGAGAAGAGCCGGAGCAGCAACGAGCUCGCGGCGAUGCAGGCGGAGCUGGGCCGCAUGAACGAGGAGAACCAGCGGCUCCGGGGGAUGCUGACCCAGGUGACCACCAGCUACCAGGCGCUGCAGAUGCAUCUCGUCGCGCUCAUGCAGCAAAGGCCUCAAAUGAUGCAGCCUCCGACCCAGCCGGAGCCACCUCCGCCUCACCAGGAUGGCAAGGCCGAGGGCGCGGUCGUGCCGAGGCAAUUCCUCGAUCUGGGCCCGUCCUCCGGCGCCGGCGGCGAGGCGGCGGAGGAGCCGUCCAACUCGUCGACGGAGGCCGGCAGCCCGCGUCGGUCGUCGUCUACCGGCAACAAGGACCAAGAACGUGGUGACAGCCCGGACGCGCCGUCGACGGCGGCGGCGUGGUUGCCGGGACGCGCCAUGGCGCCGCAGAUGGGCGCCGCCGGCGCGGCGGGCAAGAGCCAUGAUCAGCAAGCCCAGGAUGCCAACAUGAGGAAGGCCCGCGUCUCCGUUCGCGCGCGAUCCGAAGCGCCAAUCAUCGCCGAUGGGUGCCAAUGGAGGAAGUACGGUCAGAAGAUGGCGAAGGGAAACCCUUGUCCACGCGCGUACUACCGCUGCACCAUGGCCACCGGCUGCCCGGUGCGGAAGCAGGUGCAACGGUGCGCGGAGGACCGGUCCAUCCUGAUCACCACGUACGAGGGCACGCACAACCACCCGCUGCCGCCGGCCGCGAUGGCGAUGGCGUCCACCACGUCGGCGGCGGCGUCGAUGCUUCUGUCGGGGUCCAUGCCGAGCGCCGACGGCGCCGCGGGGCUCAUGAGCUCCAACUUCCUGGCGCGCACCGUGCUGCCGUGCUCGUCCAGCAUGGCCACCAUCUCGGCGUCGGCCCCGUUCCCGACGGUCACGCUCGACCUCACCCACGCGCCGCCGGGCGCGCCGAACGCCGUGCCGCUCAACGCCGCGCGGCCGGGCGCGCCGGCGCCGCAGUUCCAGGUGCCGCUGCCAGGCGGAGGGAUGGCGCCGGCGUUCGCCGUGCCGCCGCAGGUGCUGUACAACCAGUCCAAGUUCUCCGGCCUGCAGAUGUCCUCCGAUUCAGCCGAGGCCGCCGCCGCCGCCGCCGCCGCCGCGCAGUUCGCGCAACCGAGGCCGCCGAUCGGGCAGCUGCCUGGCCCUCUCUCCGACACCGUCAGCGCGGCGGCGGCGGCGAUCACCGCUGACCCCAACUUCACGGUGGCGCUCGCGGCGGCGAUCACGUCCAUCAUAGGCGGCCAGCACGCGGCGGCAGCUGGCAACAGCAACGCGAACAACACCAACACCAACACCACGAGCAACACCAACAACACAAGCAGCAACAACACGACGAGCAACAACACCAACAGCGAGACGCAGUAAAAACGAGUUCGGAUCAGUAAUUUUCACAUAGAUUUCCAAGUUUUUACUCUUCUUUGUUCAGGAUAGGUUCUUGAUUUCUCUCCUUUGGUUUCGAUAGCUCGGCCGAGCUGUGCAGUGGGCACAUGGUAUACACUUUCUUUUUUCUUCUCCACUUUCCUGGUUUUGCAGCAGCAAAAAGUUGUAUUAAUUCAUUGCUUUUUCUUAGUUCUUUUUCUACCGCAAAAACAGCUGUUGAUACUUCGCAGUAAGUAAUAAUCAGUACAAUAAUAAGUAUAAUAAUAGCAUCUUCCUGAGAAUUAUGUACACUUGUCAAAGCAACAAAACAAAAGAAACAAUGACAGCUUACUAGAUCCCUCUUUUCUA